CCGCACUCGGCGCUGGAGCGACUCGGCGGUGGCCCGAGCCGUGGCCGUGACCGUUGCGUCGCGGAGGCGCCCGCGGCGGUAGCAGCGGCGGCUCUCGGGGUUCGCAGAGGGCAGCGGGCAGUCUCGAGCUGCCCAGCGCCGUGCGGCUGGAGCGAGGAGGUGUCGGCGCCUGCGGCUUGUGUCCGGCCCCCUCUUCCGCGGCUCCCUCCUGGGCGGCUACGGGCUCCGGCUACCCCGGGGCGGCGGCCGAGGCGUUCGAUCCGACCGUGCGGGAUGGCGAGGUAGCGGCGCGGCGCGGCCGUGAAAGCUCUUCAGGCAAAUAGCCGAAGUAAGGAAGCAGAGAACUGGCUGUGGUAAACUUAAAGAGUUAAAAACAAAUAUCAGGUGAUUUAUUCAGUCACUGUUGAGUGCCUUUGCUUAGCUUGGCUCUGAGAAGGCAUCAGAUAUGCAGCAGUGCCCUGGGAAGAUGUGCCACAUGACAUGUGGGGAGUCACCAGAGCAGUUCAUAACCAGGAAGUCCACUCAAUCAAUGAUAGUUGCCACAGUUAGCACUCAGAAAGUGAACCAUUAACAAUGUCGCUCUGGUUCCACUGCCUGCCUCGCAAGCGGAAGGACCCGAGUUCGAUCCCCGGUACCAAAAAACAAAAAAAAAAUGUCGCUCUGUCUUCUUACCUCUGUAACAAGAUGAGCAACAGUAACACUCCAGGACUGACUGCAUUGCCCACAAGAUGGACAUUUCCUUAUGUUGGAGACAGCCAUCCGGGAUGGUGGGCAGUAAGAGAAUGAGGAUGCCUGCAAAUUUCCGGUGGCUCGUAGCAACAUUUGUUCUUCUGUAUCUACUGAAUCAAGUAAACAGCCAGAAAAAGGGGACACGUGAUUUGAAGUGCACAACUAACAAUUUACAAGUAUGGGACUGUUCUUGGAAAGCACCCCUAGGAACAGGUCGUGGUACCAUUUAUAAAGUUUGCAUUGAAGACAGGCCCCGUUCUUGUCAUCAAUUAGAGAAAACAAAUAUUAAGAUCCCAGCUCUUUCACCUGGUGAUCAUGAAAUAACAAUAAACUCUCUACAUGAUUCUGAAAGUUCUAUAAGUACAUUCAUGCUAAAUGAAAAAAAUGUUUCCUUAAUUCCAGACACUCCAGAGAUCUUGAAUUUGUCUGCUGAUUUCUCAACCUCUACAUUAUACCUAAAGUGGAAUGACAAAGGUUCUGUUUUUCCUCAUCACUCAAAUAUCAUCUGGGAAGUCAAAGUUCUACGUAAAGAUAGCAUGGAGCUCGUAGAAUUAGUGACUUACAACACAACUCUGAAUGGCAGAGAUAUAGUUCAUCACUGGAGUUGGGCCUCAGACAUGCCCUUGGAGUGUGCCACUCAUCAUGUGAGAAUUAGGUGCUACAUUGACUCUCUUCAUUUCUCUGGUCUCAAAGAGUGGAGUGACUGGAGCCCAGUGAAAAACAUUUCUUGGACUUCUGAUUCUCAGACCAAGGUUUUUCCUCAAGACAACAUAAUACUUGUAGGCUCAGACAUAACAUUUUGUUGUAUAAGUCAAGAAAAAGUGUUAUUGGCACAGAUUGGCAGUAAAAAUUGUCCCCUUAUCCAUCUCGAUGGAGAAAAUGUUGCCAUCAAGAUCCAUAAUAUAUCUGUUUCUGAAAAUAGUGGAACAAAUGUGAUUUUCACAACAGAAGAUUACAUAUAUGGAACAGUUAUUUUUGCAGGAUAUCCACCUGAUGUUCCUCAAAAACUGAAUUGUGAAACACAUGAUUUAGAAGAAAUUGUGUGUACUUGGAAUCCAGGAAGACCAACAGCAUUGGUGGGCCCACGAAGUACAAAUUACAAUUUAUUUGAAAGUUUUUCAGGAAAAUAUGUUAGAUUUAAAAAUGCUGAAGUACCUACAAAUGAAAGCUAUCGGGUACUCUUUAAAAUGAUUCCAAAUCAAGAAAUAUAUAAUUUUACUCUGAGUGGUCACAAUCCUCUUGGGCAAUCAGAAUCAACAAUACUCAUUAACAUCACUGAACGAGUUUCUCCACAUACUCCUACUUCAUUCAGAGUGAAGGAUAUUAAUUCAAAUGCUGUUACACUUUCUUGGCAUUUAUCAGGCAGCUUUGCAAAGAUAAAUCUUUUAUGUCAAAUUAAAAUUAAUAAAGCUAAUUCAGGACAAGAAUUGCGGAAUAUCACAAUCAAAGGAGUGGAAAAUUCAAGUUAUCGUGUUGCUGUGGACAAAUUAAAUCCAUAUACUAUGUAUACUUUUCGGAUUCGUUGUUCUUCUGAAACUUACUGGAAAUGGAGCAAAUGGAGCAAUGAAAAACAACAUUUAACCACAGAAGCCACUCCUUCAAAGGGACCAGAUACUUGGAGAGAGUGGAGUUCUGAUGGGAAAAAUUUGAUAAUAUACUGGAAGCCUUUACCUAUUAAUGAUGCUAAUGGGAAAAUCCUUUCCUAUAAUGUAUCAUGUUCAUCAGUUGAGGAAACACAAUCCCUUUCUGAGAUCCCCGAUCCUCAACACAAAGCAGAAAUACGCCUGGAUAAAAAUGAUUAUAUCAUCAGUGUGGUAGCAAAGAACUCUGUUGGCUCAUCACCACCUUCUAAAAUAGCCAGUAUGGAAAUCCCAAAUGAUGAUCUCAGAGUAGAGCAGGUUGUUGGAAUGGGAAAGAGGAUUCUCCUCACCUGGCAUCCUGACCCCAACAUGACUUGUGACUAUGUUAUUAAGUGGUGUAAUUCAUCUCAGUUUGAGCCCUGCCUUAUGGAUUGGAAAAAAGUUCCUUCAAACAGCACUGAGGCCAUAAUAGAAUCUGAUCAGUUUCGACCAGGUAUCAGAUAUAAUUUUUUCCUGUAUGGGUGCAGAAAUCAAGGAUAUCAAUUAUUACGUUCCAUAAUUGGAUAUAUUGAAGAAUUGGCUCCAAUUGUUGCACCAAAUUUUACUGUUGAAGAUACAACUGCAGAUUCCAUAUUAGUAAAAUGGGAAGAUAUUCCUGUGGAAGAGCUUAGAGGCUUUUUAAGAGGGUAUUUAUUUUACUUUGAAAAAGGAGAAAAAGAUGCAUCUCAAAUGAGAGGUUUGGAGUCAGGUCAUUCUGACAUCAAGGUGAAGAAUAUUACUGACAUAUCUCAGAAGACACUAAGAAUUGCUGAUCUUCAAGGUAAAACGAGUUACCAUCUGGUUCUGCGAGCCUACACAGAUGGUGGCCUGGGCCCAGAGAAGAGCAUGUUUGUGGUGACAAACGAAAACUCUGUGGGAUUAAUUAUUGCCAUUCUCAUCCCGGUGGCAGUGGCUGUCCUUAUUGGAGUGGUAACAAGUCUUCUUUGCUAUCGGAAACGAGAGUGGAUUAAGGAGACCUUCUACCCUGAUAUUCCAAAUCCUGAAAAUUGUAAAGCAUUACAGUUUCAAAAGAGUGUCUGCGAGGGGAGCAGUGCUCUUAAAACAUUGGAAAUGAAUCCUUGUACCCCAAAUAAUGUUGAGGUUCUGGAAACUCGGUCAACACUUCCUAAAAUAGAAGACACAGAAAUAAUUUCCCCAGUAGCCGAGCGUCCUGUAGAUAGUUCUGAUGUAGAGCCUGAAAACCAUGUGGUUGUGUCCUAUUGCCCACCGAUCAUCGAGGAAGAAAUUCCGAACCCAGCUGUGGAUGAACCAGGAGGUACUUCACAGGUCAUCUACAUUGAUGUUCAGUCCAUGUAUCAGCCUCAGGCCAAGCCAGAGGAAGACCAAGAAAUGGAUCCCAUAGUUUCAGCAGGCUAUAAGCCACAAAUGCGUCUCCCUAUUAACUCUACUGUAGAAGAGUCAGCUGCAGAGGAUGACAUAGAUAAAACUGCAGGUUACCGACCUCAGGCAAAUGUAAAUACUUGGAAAUUGGUCUCUCCAGACUCUCCUAGAUCCACAGAUAGCAACAGUGAGAUUGUCUCUUUUGGAAGUCCAUGCUCCAUCAAUUCCCGACAGUUUUUGAUUCCCCCUAAAGAUGAAGACUCUGCUAAAUCAAGUGGAGGAGGGUGGUCCUUUUCGAACUUUUUUCAGAACAAACCUAAUGAUUAAAAGUGUCACCCUGUCACUUCAGUCUGCCAUCUCAAUAAGCUCUUACUGCUGGUGUUGCUGCACCAACAGCACUGGGUGUCCUUGGAGGGACACGGAAGUAUUGCUACCCAGGUGAACUUCACUGCGUGCAAGUUACACCAGAAGUGUUAAUGUCUUUUAGUGUAGUCCAAAAACCAAGGUCAGUGACUCAGAAUCCUUGGCCUAUGAAACUCAAGAUUUGGAGCUAUUGUGACUGAGCCAAAGAAUUCCUCAAGAAGCAUUUCAAGGCCAAUACUGUUUCGUACAUACAUGCAAAACACAUCCUGCAUCAGCUGUUUUCUGUAGUUAAUGGUUUUCUCAUAUGUAUACUGUGUGGAAUUGCAAGAGGAUUUGCAGGCAAGGGAGGAAAAUGUCAAUGUCACAUAAUGUUUAUUUCCUGACAUACGCUCCAUUUUAGAGGAAAACCAAGCACAGAUUUUAAAACUUUUAAGAUUAUUCUCUUCUAUCUACAGCAUUUAUAAAAGAUAAUAUAAUUUUAAUGUAGUGACAACUAUUUAGUGUUCUGUUUGAUGAAAUGUGCUGAUUUCUGUGCCUACUGUAUAAUGGUUCUCAAACAGUUGUCUCAGGGGUGCAAAUGUGGAAAAUGAGUGUGACACUGACCAGCCCCAAUCAGAAUAGCAUUGUCUUGCUUUGGUAGGUUUUUCAAACCUUUCCAUUACUUUUUAGCUUUUAUGCUAGCUUCCAUUAUUACAGAUGGAUACCCUAAUAUUUGAAACUUAAAUUUCUAGAACCACAGAUCUAAGGUUUUUUUUAACCCAUUUUAUUUUGUGAUAUGGUGUCAGCUUUAUAUGAGCAAAUUCAUUAUUAAUAAUAAACAUAAUUCCUCAUGAUUUACUAUGUGAGAUGACUACUAAGCAAUAUCUGGCAACAUUUGCUGUCUGGUAGCUCUGAUUGGCUUAUAUUUCCCAAGAAUGAGAAGACCAUUCCCUUGAGCCUGGUUACCAAACAGCUAGGAUCUUCAAAGCUUCGCAACAGGUUUUCCUUUCACUCAUGGGUUGUAAUCUCCCUCGUAAGUGAUCUUUGGUCCAGACUAUCAGAUCAAGGAUUUUUAAGUAUAAAACUAAAUUGAGGAUGCUUCUUCCAGGAACAGUGACUCAAAGGCUAUUUCCCGUUAAAGGUCAUAAAAUGGACUUGAAUCAAUGGACAGGUCUGUGUCAUAGGUGUGGCAGCUGCUGGUGAACCAUGUAGAAUUGGUAUCUUCAGCAUGGCAUCCUCUGCCCAUCCUGGCUCCUCAUCAGCAGUCUCAAGAAUGAAUAUGAUUCUCGGAAAAGCAGAGUGAAAAACUAAAAAGAGUGUUGUAUAUUUUCCAUACACUUGGCUUGUCUAUGUAUAUUGUCUUUUGAUGGUUAAGAAAAGUACUUGAAAAUUUGAAACAUCUGAGUAAAUUAAGGUAGACUUCUUUUGUAUCAUCUGAGUUUCUAUAAUAUAUUUGCAAAUAAUGGAUUGAUUAUCUUUUGAACUCAUUGUAUGUUUUUAAAAACCAUGUUGUGGGAAAAACACAGGGCAACAAGGGACAAAAUUUAUUUAGGUACCCAGUAUAUGAAUCCUAAUUUUAACUGAUAGAACUCAGCUAAAUUUGAGCAUCAUGAUACAUGUAGAAUAAAAUAUAAUUAUGCACAAACAUAGUAUAUUAAAUCUAUAUAAUAGAAAUUUUCAGUAAUGAAAAUAUAUCAAGUAAGAGCCAUUCCUAAACAAAGUUUUGUCUUCCUUUUUAUCCUCUUUGGCUCCUUCCUGUCUCUCUCCCCUGAGACACUUGAACCUGGAGCUUCUCCUCUCUGCCAGAGCAUGGGCUUUUUCUGCUUGUCCUCAGUGUGUACCUCAUUUCCUAUUGAAGCUUAUUGAUCCCAUAGUUUAUCUCUUCAGAACAAGGACAAGUGUUGGCUUGGGUAAAAGCUUAUCAGUCUAAACUAUACUCACCUGAGAACACAGGGAAAAAAUGAAGACAUUGGUCCCUGUCAUCACUGCAGCAGUGCCCUUUCUCUAACCUGUCAUGACUCAUUUGUCUGCCUAAGGGUGACUAUCACCAGGGUCUCUUGAGUCCAAGACUUCACUGUAGAAGAAAGUUCAGAGUGCUCCUCAUCUGUCUCUACCUCAGGAGUUCUGUAUUCAUGGAUCUUUAGGUGAAUGAGAAGCAGAGUAAAACUUGCUUAGUCUGGGCAAGUUCCCUAACUUCCUGUAUGCUUAGGAGACUGUGGCUUAAGUCUGAGGCCAGAGCAGUUUUUCUUUUCUUUUCUCAUUGAAUCAGAAACAGCCAGACCCAGUCCAUGCUUAUUAUCUUUCCAACCUGCCCCAUCCUUGCAUUUAGGGAGACCUUGAGCACAAGGAGGGAGAAGGGAGUAGGACACCCUUUGUCCCAUAUCGAGUUGUUCGAGAUCCCAGAAGUGUUCACUGUUACGUCACUGCAGGUACCAUGCCCAUGGGUGCAAGGUAGUCUCAUAGUGGCUGUGCUCUGUCCAAUCAGAUCAGCUACUUGUCCCUUGGAGAGGGUUAAGGAGUAGCUAGAGAGGUGGGCUAUAUGUAUUCCUUCCACUGCGAAAAAAAAAAAAAAAAACAAAAGCUGGGAAAUUCCUCUUUCCUAACAAAAGCUUGGACAUUAGAAAAUUCUAAAUACUGAGCUAAAAGUAUAUUGCAUGAUUUCUGUUGAGUAGAAUUGUGUCUUGCUCCUUGAUGGUGGCCUGCCCUCACACUGUGGGGUGUAUUCCUUUUCCUACAUUUACCUGGCCCAAACUCGCCCUGCGGAGCCUGUUGCUUUUUGUACCUUUAAUAAAACUUUGCUAUGGUUAAAAAAAAAAAAGGAAGACUGUAGAUAGGACUGUAGAUUGUUACCUCUUUUAUAAAUAAACCAAUGGCAAAUCAGGUUUCCCUCAUGAACAGUGGAGAUUCUGGGCAUCAUAAUUUCUGUCAGUUUCUUUUGUGAGUGGCCAUUUUAGAAUUUAAUGUAAAAAAUUCUUAAAGACUUAGGUAGGCUUUUGACAUUAGCUAGGCUUUGUGAAGUAAGCAUUGCAUGGAUUAGCACAUGUACUCAAUCUAAGCUGUUAGUUGGUUGAACUAGCAGAGCUCUGGAUUUGAGAUUGUGGCCCCAAGUAUCUGAAAGUUGAGUUGUGUGUGUGCGUGCAUGUGUGCUGUGUGAUAGAGGUGCUUUGUUCCCACAGCUGGAAACAGAAGCAGCCAUUCACUGAGUAGUUCAGGGGAGGAAGUAUCAGCCUCGUUUUCCAUACCAGCAUUACAUUCACAGCUCAUGGAUCUGGGGAUUGCAUUUGUACUAUUGAACACAGACACUGGUAAAAAGUCACAUUCUCAAAAAUUCAUGCAGAUUGUAUUCUUGUUGGAAGUCAGUCCUGUGAUCCUCUGGAUGUCUUCAUACUGUCCAUAUUUAAAGAAUGUUACAGACCUUUCUGUAUUUGGAUAAUUAAGUGUAGUUUAGUGAAGGAGACCAGAAAAUAUUUUCUUCCAAAGGGAAUUUGAAAUCAAUUUGAUGGUAUUUUGAAAUUAAAUGUACCCCUAAACAUGUCAAUAUUUUAAAAAGUGUUAUCUCAAAGUUUUCCGCUCAGGCACAUGAUCUGAUAAAACUUUUUUGUUUGCACUAAUGUAAUUUUUGCUGCCUUUCUGUUUUGAGCAAUGUUAAAAUUUGUAUACCUUUUAUAAAGUGCCUUUUCCCUUACUUUGAAAGUAUAAAGUCAGGCAUCUCGAGUGUAAAAUGUGAAUGGAAUCAGCUACAUACAUUGUGAAAGUUCAAUAACUAAGUUUUUAUUGACUGAGUCCCAUCCUGAUGUUAUGAAUUUAGCAGUAGUUUCAGGAUAGUGUAGAUCAAGGUGUAGCUUGUGUAGAUCUGAAACUGUUGCCUUGAAGUGGCUCCACAGUUUGAGUGAAAACUAAUGCGUCCAUAUCACUAGGUAUCUUAAUUUCUUCCUAAUUUUAAGUGUCCAUAGUUUGUUUUUGUCUGCCAGUUUACAUAAUUUGGUACUUGCUUGUACCAACACAGCAUACUUUUUGGCAAACAAUACUGUGUAUGUGAGCUUAACUGAUUAUAAACUGUUAUUUUGGUUAAAGUUUCAUGAUGUCAUACUUAUCUCUUGUGUCCAAAAGAAAAAUUUUUUGCGGAAGAGAAUGAUUGUAGCCGAACUUAGACGACAUUCAUUUUCUAAACAUCUUAGACUAUUGUUGGAAAUCACUUGGUUUAAAUUUGAUUUUAUUUAUAUCUCCAUGGAUUAACAUUUUAGGACUAGUAACAUUUAAGCCUCUUAUUUCAGUGGGGUGGUUAGAUUCUUACUCCUUUUCAACUGCAGCUUUUGUCUUAACUAUUUACCUGAGCAUGUUCAUGCUGGUUAUAAUAUAGGCAUACUAUUUCUAAUGCCAGUAUAUAGGGUUGAGAACAACAUUCAGUUAAUUGACUGUCAGGUUUUAUUGUAUAUGUUAGAGUUUCAGGGGAUGUAAUUUGGGAUAAAAUACACCCAUGUGCUUAUAAUUAUGGUAUUGGAUUAUGACAGGAUUCUAUUAUUUUUAAUCACUAGUAGUGCUUGUUUUUCCCUGUAUUAUGAAUGUUCAUAUUUUUAAUUGUAAGAUGCCCAAGUUAUGAACAGAAUUUACCUAAGGAAUAUUGCUACAUUUUUAUGAAAAUUAAAAGUAGUAUUGUAAGAGGGAAACUCUCUGAAUGUUUUCAAGUGUAAGUGCCUAGCUAGAGAACCAUAGAAACAAUAAAUUCAAAAGUUUGUGUAAGUAAACCAUAGCUGAUUGAACAUUAACCAAGUACAAAGCAGCAGUAACUUACAUUACUUUUUGGUCACUAGAACUGCAUACCUUAAAAAGAUGUGAAUGAGGAAAAAAAUGUUGAUAAUUGAUAAGGAAAGUGAUAUCUAUUACAUAUAUAUCUCCUAAGAUUGCCUCUGUAGUAGCCAGUCGGAACUUAAAAAGGAAAAAACAAAAAACAAUAUAGACUUUAUGCAGUGCUUAAGCCUAAAAUACAUUGUAUGUCUGAUUGAACAGCGCACUUAAAUUUACUGAAUUUCUUCGAACACUUAAAAUAUGCUUCACUAUAGAAUUAUUCCAUUGUAAAUGGGAACUUUCAGGCUCUGAACUUAUUUCUCCUAACCAUCCCAGUGGUGAAUUAUAAAAGAUCAAAAGUGGUGAUACAAUUCUUAUUGAAUCAUGGACAAUUGAUAGGUUGACAUUAGUACUUUUGCAGUUCAUCAUAGAGGAUAGUGAAUAAUGAUUUUCAUAAAAUUAUUUUCAAAUGUUCUUUCCCCAGUUUGAUCCAGAUACUCCCCUCUGUUUUUCUAAUAUUUCAUAAGUUGGUGGUUCCUUCUAUUUAAUUUUUCCUUCCAAUGUAAUGUGUAGGAAAAAUGUGAGUAGUCGCAUGAGUAGUUGAGGCACAGAGAGAAGCCCUGUUCAGCUCCCUUUUGAUGAGGGAUGGGUGUCUGUGAUGCCUCGGACCUUGGACCUUGUUCUGUCCUGUUCUUUUCUUUAAAGGGAGCAUGCCAUUUCUUAAAUCCAUUUUGGUUUAGAUUUGCUUGUAGAGGAUUGUCCUAGAUAGAAAGAAAGACAUCCUAAGUUUGAGAUAGUACUACAUUAAAGGUGUGUUCAAAGGUAAAAUAAGUCAUUUAAAGAUAUUGAACAUUAAUAGUAAGAAUAGUUUACCAUGUCUUUAAUUAGCUGGUCAUAAAUCAUCAUCCUUAUAACACUAGGAAAUUACCAUUUUUUACUUUAAAAUUGCAUUAUAGUGAAUUACUGUUUACAAAAUACACAUACUGUGAACAGAUAAAUUUUUGUCUUUUAUAAGGUUUGUAGCCUGAAUGUUUUUUUCAAGGUGGUGUUAUGUUACAUAGUUUUAGUUUUUUAUAAAUAUUAGUAACCGUUUACUAACUUUUGUUUGGUCAGGUGUGUAUCAGUGAAGAAGAUAGGGAGAAACUGAAGAUCCAAACUGUUCCUUUUUUCAUUUCUUGAAAUGUUACCACAUCAGACUUUUUUAACAUGAAUGAUGAGUUGUGAUUAUUCUGUAUUUACAAUCAUUUUUAAUCCUGUAAAGAAACAUUUAAAUACACGUAUGCAGGAAGGAAACUAUAGCAGUGUAUCUCUGUGAUUCACUCUGGAUCUCAGAAUUCUGGGUUUUAGUGUGGAAUGAAACAAUUUGGGUGACAACUGAAGUAUUUCCUGCCUUGUGAAAAAUUGGAUAUUAUGUUGCUGUUCGAAUGGGAAAUUUGGACAUUGUAUAUCAUAUAAUUUCAGAAUUUAAUUUCCAUAUCUUUGGGAAAACAUGGUUAUAGCAGAAACAUAGAAUAUAAGUAACCUAUUACUAUGACACCAUAAAUAUAAAACUCGUAUGCUUGGCUGAUAACUCUAAAGAUGUUACGUAUGUUUGUUUUUAAAAUGUGCAUGUAUUUAACAAUUUUAUCAUAAUAUUGUCAUGAAAAAAAUAAAUAUAUUUUCUUACAUCUUA